CAGCGGGACCAUAUCAACUCGAGCGCUCCAAAUCCGAUAAAUCUGGAUGCGUAAAUCUCGUAAGAAAAGCUUCAUGGUUUUUAACCAUAUACUUUCAUGUUUUGACCUGUGAAGGGACGUGUUUACCCCAUUUAGCUGAGUGAACGAAAUGAAUUCAUUCUUAAGGAAAAUUGUCUCAGGGAAUUUGUCCCUUCCUUCCACCACACUGACAACGAUGUCUUCGAAGGAAGUGAAUUUCACCUGUCAAUUCAAUGAGGAGUUCAAGUAUAUUCUGCUACCUGUAUCAUACUCACUGGUGUGCUUCCUGGGACUGAUACUGAACUCUGUGGCAUUGUGGAUGUUUAUCACUAAGAUGAGGCCCUGGAAACCCAGUACAGUGUAUAUGUUCCAUCUCGCCCUGUCAGACACACUCUACGUGCUCUCCUUGCCUAUGCUCAUAUACUACUAUGCAAACCGCAGCCAUUGGCCUUUUGGUGUUUUCCUCUGUAAGGUCGUGCGGUUUCUUUUCUAUGCCAACUUGUACUGCAGCAUCCUUUUUCUCACUUGCAUCAGUGUGCACCGCUACCUUGGCAUUUGUCACCCCAUUCGUACUCUGACUUUGGUGAAGCCACGCCAUGCCCACAUGGUCUGUGGUUUUGUCUGGACUGCAGUGAUGGCCUGCUUGGUGCCCAAGCUGAUUUUCGUCAACACUUCUCAGAGGGGCAAUGACACUUUGUGUCACGACACCAGCCGCCCAGAUGAAUUUCACAACUAUGUUACCUACAACGCUGUGGUAAUGGUGCUGCUGUUUAUUCUGCCAUUUCUGGUCAUCAUGGUUUGCUACUGUUUAAUGGCACGGGCCCUUUGCCAACCCCGAAAGGGCCUGUCCCAAAGUCAACAGGGCUCAUCCCGGAGGAAGUCUAUUAAACUUAUCAUAGUGGUGCUGGUUGUGUUUGCAAUCUGCUUCGUACCCUUCCACAUCACUCGUUCCCUCUACUACACCUACCGUAUUCUAGACGCAGAUUGCAAGUCCCUUAAUAUCAUCAACUUUUCUUACAAAAUCACUCGCCCACUUGCCAGCAUGAACAGCUGUUUGGACCCCAUCCUCUACUUCCUGGCAGGGGAUCACUACCGCUCUAAACUUAUCAGAGUUUUCACUAGACAGACUCCGAACACUCGUUCUACAGCGUAUGUGCAUGAAAACAACAUCGGACUGGCCUUUAAGAACCCAGAUGCCCAAGUCGGCAAUGAGUCGAGACUCUAAACCCACAUACCCAGACAUUUUGGGUAAUCAUUUAAAAAGCAGUUCUCAUUUAAAAAGUGCUCUCUCUCAAAAUCCAUGUCUUCUAAAGACACACAUCCUGAAGAAUUCAGAACAGUCUCACUGUAAACACUACAGCGUAGGAUAAAAGUAAAGGAAUCUCUUUGGAGAAAGGAUGUGGUUUGCUUUCUUUGUGACCUCCUAAUGUUUCCUAAUUCAGUAUGAUUGCUGGUAAUGUAGUUCAGAGAAACUGCAGCUUGUAUUAUAAAAGCACUGAUGGCCAGUCACUCCAAUGGUUACUUGUAAUGUUGAAGUUUCUCACUGUUGUUCAAGGACAGAACUUUGCAGUGUUGGGGUUCUGUCAAUACUGAAAACAAAACCCACUCUAUAUCCCAGAGAUGGACUCUGGCCUUUGACUGUUACUACAGAAAUGCCAGCACAAAGCCUUUUGUGUGUUCUGUUCUGUCUGAAGGUCUUUCAGUAGGAAAUUAAGGUGCUGUUAAAAUGUCAUUUAUUUGAAUUAAACCGAGAAGUUGAGAUACUUUUAGUGAAAAGGUGAAUGGUAGGUGAAUGGUUGUGGGGGAGGCUGAAAGUCGAGCUGCAGAUAUCCCCUCUUGGCUUGCUUCAUUCCUCUUACAGCUGUUUUUGUCCUUUGGUGGAGAAGAUCUACAGCUGUGUUGCUGUACAUGUGUUUGUGUGUAUUUGAGAGUAAUUGCAUAGCAGAACUGAACGAAGAAAAAAAGAUGGAAGAAAUCAGAUCCGUUUUGGCGUAGUGUAUAGAGUUUUUUUUUUUUUUUUUUUUUCUCCUCGGAUAUAACCUCUGUGGGAAUGUUUGAUUUUGCGCAUUUGAUUAUUUCAUGUUUAGCUUUGUAAAUAUUUUGUGGCAUUUACAUGAUCAUGGUAUUUGUUUAAUUUCAAAUUGUAUUUACAUAAUGUGUUUUGUAUUUACAUUGAAGUGACGUGAGUUUUACUUGCAUAUUCCGUCCAUUUUUAUAUGCCUCUCUCUGAUACAAAAAAUACUUUUUUUUUUUUUUUUUUUUUUUGCAUAAAAACUUGUUUACAUUAUACUUUUAUUUAGAACAUGCUAAAAAUUUGUUGUAAAGCUAAUCAUUUAUGUUGUCUUCUAUUUGCUUUUUGUUAUAAAUUUAAAAUUUAAUUUAUUAAUGGACGAUUUACAACUUUUUUUUGAAUAGUUAUUGAAAUGCAAAUAUCUUGUGUAUUUAUAUCCAACCAUAUAUACUGUACAGUAGAAGAUUGUGUGUGUCAUUUGAGGACACUGAGCAAAAGUUAUAAUUUUUUCUAUUUUAAAAAUGUUAUUGUCCAGUAGACAGAAAACGCAUUUUUAGCAAAUCUUAUGUCAUGCUUAGAACAAUUAAAAAAAAGUCUUCUGUUUUAUAUUUUUAUAUUGUCAUAUUAUUAUUAUUAUUAUUAUUAUUAUUAUUUAAUAAUGUGUGUCUUUUUUUCCUCUUGAGAUUGUGGAGGAGGAGGGACGCUCUUGGGGCUCUUGGGGAAAAGGUUCAUUUUUUCUUUUGGUCAGUAGAGGUCCCCAGAGCUGUUUUUAAAUGUUUUUAUUGAGUGAGUGCAUGGGCUUCAUAUCCUUAAGCUCUAUUUCCAGUGACUUUAACUGAUAAAUACACCUGUUAGCUGCUGCUUUUGUUGUGUGGGUUGUUGAGGUCAUGAAUAGUUUAAUAUGCAGAUGAGAUGGAGAGUUCAUGUCCCCCUUCUUUUCUUACACUCUGAAUAAUUAGAAAUAAAUAAAAUCAAAUAAGCCAAGGUCCAUGUAUACAAUACAUGUAUAUAAAUAAAGAAUUUUUCCAAAAAUGA